AGGUAAAGUUGGAUCGGGCAGAGGUGCCAAGGUGACAGGAGGAGGUGGAGGAGCUGGAGGAGACGUGAUAGAAAAGGAGCGCUGCACUGGGAGUAGCAGGAGACGGAGGAGGGGGAGGAGGAGCUGGGGACAGAGAGCAAAGUGUUGACAUGUGUUUCUGUCAGUCAAGGUCAAGCGGAUGUUGUCUCCUCGUUCACUCUGCCGUCCGUCACGGCGUGCUGUUGAAUUAAGCUCCCCUUCAUCUGUGGAGACGAGGCGGACUCUGACGGCAGCUGUAAUUGUAGGGCUACUGAUUCACACUGACGACGCCGACACUGUUGUUCCCCAGCAGUCAUGUGACCAUGAGGUCGAAGUAUCCUUGUCAUUGUCCCAGUAAUAAUAUGGAUGUUAGAUAAAAAUAUAUGUUAACAAAUAUACAUUUUAAGUCAGGGAACCAGUCCUAGCAUUUAAAGGAACUGAAACUAACUGAAAGUGUGUGGCAGUGACUUCAGCCCAAGUCCUAACCCAGUCCUAACCCAGUCCUAACCCAGUCCAUGUUUUCCCUCCUGUUCAGAGCCUUGGCUGUGACACUGCUUGAUUGAACUCAGGUGCCGUUCAUUUGUUCUGAUCAUCCUUCAGACGUUCUACUCCUUCACUGGAGUCCAGCUGUGGUUGGUUCUACUGACUGGACUUGGCCUUUAUGGCAGAGUGGCCGACGGAAGCCUCUCCUCAGAGCAGGACACACGAAAGAACCCUGUUAAAACCCUGAAGGACGGCGAGAUGAGGACCAGCUCUGUCUCUCUCCGCUCUUGUCUCUUCAGUCAAGGAGAAACUAAUUGGAGGGAAGAAUAGAAGAAAGGAGCUGGUGGGGAAACUAAACCCAAGCCAAACUUUUUACUUCUCUGCUACAACAUGCCACAGAAAGAUUACAGAAGUCAACCGAGCUGGGAGGCUGGAGUGGCGUCCAUGAUGCAAAACAGUCACAGUGGAGUCAACCAGCUGGGUGGAGUGUUUGUGAACGGCAGGCCGUUACCUGACUCUACCAGGCAGAAGAUCGUGGAACUAGCGCACAGCGGCGCUCGACCCUGUGACAUAUCCAGAAUCCUGCAGGUAUCUAACGGCUGUGUGAGUAAGAUCUUGGGCCGUUAUUACGAGACCGGCUCGAUCCGCCCUCGUGCCAUUGGAGGCAGUAAACCCAGAGUGGCCACUCCAGAGGUGGUGGGGAAAAUCGCUCAGUAUAAGAGGGAGUGUCCGUCCAUCUUUGCUUGGGAGAUUAGAGAUCGACUGCUGGCGGAAGGAGUCUGCAGCAACGACAACAUUCCCAGUGUUUCAUCAAUCAACCGAGUACUGAGGAACCUGGCCAAUGACAAGCAGCAAAUGGGCACGGCUGGUGCUGAAGCGAUGUUUGACAAACUCAAAAUGCUAAAUGGCCAGAGCUCCUGGGGAGGACGAUCAGGAUGGUACGCUGGGACGACACUCACUGCCUCUGAGUGUCCAGCAGCAGAGGGAGGAGACAGCACCGUAUCAGUCAGUUCUAACGGCGACGACACAGAGGAGACUCAGAUCAGACUCCAACUGAAGAGGAAGUUACAGAGAAACAGGACGUCUUUCACACAGGAGCAGAUCGAUGCCCUGGAGAAAGAAUUCGAACGAACUCACUAUCCAGACGUUUUUGCCCGUGAACGCCUCGCAAACAAAAUAGAUCUCCCAGAGGCAAGAAUACAGGUUUGGUUCUCCAACAGGAGGGCAAAGUGGAGAAGAGAGGAGAAGCUGAGAAACCAACGUCGUCAGAUGUCCAGCUCCUCGAGCCACAUCCCCAUCAGCAGCAGCUUCAACAGCAGUGUUUACCAGCCGUUAGCACAGCCCACUACACCAGUGUCCUUCUCAUCGGGAUCAGUGUUGGGAAGACCAGAUCCAGUUCUGUCCAAUGGAUACAGCAUACCAGCCAUGCCCAGCUUCAGUAUGGCUGCCAGCCUCCCCAUGCAAGCCUCCAGUCAAACCUCGUACUCCUGCAUGCUGCCCACCAGUUCUCCCGUAAAUGGAAGAAGUUACGAGACAUACACCCCUCCGCACAUGCAGCCACACCUCAACAGCCAAUCAAUGACGUCCUCCGCAACAUCGUCAACAGGUCUGAUCUCCCCCGGUGUGUCCGUCCCGGUCCAAGUUCCUGGAAGUGAAGCAGACAUGUCACAGUACUGGCCACGACUGUAGUAACCGGCCUUGCCUGCAUUGAUCGUUGUUGCUGACUGUAACACGAGGUCUCAACGACUCUUUUAAAGAUUUACUGGAACUAUCUGUAAAAGAAAGAAGUGAUACAUCACUGUUGGAGGAACAUUAUUUUUUCUACCACAUCCUGGAGACGAGCAGGACGAAGAGCGUUUUAUUCAACACCUGAACUCCUUCACCGCAUCAUCUUCUUCAGCACGCCGUCCCUUAGUGUCGCUGCUCAGUUCAGUGGCAAGAAUUAAAGCUUUACUCUGAGCAGUUCCCAGGAAGCUCAGACAGAAGGGCCGUCCUCCUCCUAAAAGGAAUGAACUAUUGUCAAGGAGUUUCAACGUUCUACAGGACGACAUAUUACCUCUACUUCAAGGUCCUAAUUUAUAUCCUGUUUGUGUACUUGUAGCAAAAAGACAAAAAAACUAAAGAAAAACAAGGUUGACUAAAACUAAAUGACACUUGAAAUAAAUAGUUGAAUCAGUGAAUCAGCACUGGCUCUGGACUGAGAUCUGUACAGAAUUGAAAAUGUUAAAUCUGGUUGUAUGUGUUUCUAGUAUUGUAAAAGAUCUGCUAACAGAUACCCCUCUCCUACAUGAGGGUUUUUUUUUGUUUGUUUUUUUUUGGACUGGGGAAAUAAACAAUAUAACCAUCUGUUUGAUAAGUGGAAAUAGAGCCUACACUUGGCUAACUUACAAAAGCUGCUGGAUUGUGUGUGGAUGUAAAUCUGUUAUCAAUUCUAAAGUGUAAAGUAUUUGUCAUUUCCAGUGCUCUGGAAAAGUUUCCUAAAAAUAAAGUCAGUUUAAUGAUGUUGCCUUUUAUCUGGGUGAUUGAUAGGACGUUCAGUGCUUUCAACGUGCAGUAACACAUCACUUUACUCCACAGAUCUUUGUCACUGCAUACGCAGACGACAGUCAGGUUUAUUUAACCUCUGAUAUAAAUUUACUUUAGGAUUAUAUAUUAUAUUCAUAUUUUU